CUGAGCACCAUUCUCAAGCUUGGGAACUGCACUCUCAAAAUAAAUUAAAUAUACAUUUAAGAUUUGGAAAUGAAUACCCGGGUGAGGGUUUAUAAAACCAUUUUAAACAAUAACUUUUAUGUAUCCUUACCGGUACCUUACAAGUUGUACAAUAAAUAUUAAAAAGGUUACUUACUUCUAUAUAAAUACAAGAGCUACAGUUCUGUAAGCUAGCUUAAAACAUGCAACAAAUGAAAUGGAAUUUUAUUAUAUUCUAUGGUUAAUUAGAAAUUGAAUCCACUUCAACUAAACUUUCAAUUUUUUUUUUCCACUACAGGUAUAUUAUUUCUGAACAAAAUACAGUUUUUCUUACAUUCAUGAUUCAAAGACAUAAUAAUCAGGACAAAUCUACUUAUAUCUUUUGAUAUUUUUGUAACACCCCUUAUUUAAAUAAUUUUUAACAACUAAAAGCACAUCAAAAUUUAUACAGUGUUAUGUUAUGACUAUGAGCUUCCUUUCAGGUAUCUGUGAUGUCAGAAAAAACUCAUGGAUCAACCAAAGAUUUCAAAGAUCUAGAUGCAGAACUCCCACAAAAGAAAUAUGGAGCUCGCCCUGAGCUCACUACAAAGCAGAAACUGGAGCUGAGUAAAGCAUUUGGCAUCUUUGACCCUAGAGGCAGUGGGUUGAUUGAACAGAGGGGCUUUAUGCUUGCUAUGAGGGCUUUGGGAUUUGAACCUAAAUUUUCCCAAGUGGAUGAGCUCAUUGGUGAGAUUUGGGAAUGAUGAGAACUUUUCAGGGAAAACAAUAACAUUCAAUUAUUAUAAUUAUUAAUUUAACUAACCAGUUCUGGUAUUUUCAUAAUUUCAUAGAAGCCUGAAGUAGAGUAUGGGUAUGUUAAAAAAAUUAACAUCACUAUACAGUGUAGUCAUGAUUUUAAAAAAGGCAACAUGCACCACCGGAGGAAAGCCAUAUGUAUUUGUUUUCAAGUGUGGAAUUUUUAAGAGCAUAAUUAGUUAAAUUAAUCAUAAUGGUACAACCGUGUGUUACAAUUUAUAACAGAAGUAGUCAAACUGAUUGCAAAAAAAAAUUAGCUUCUAAUGAUACAGGCCUACACUUAUUUUUGUUUAUAAUUAUAAUAUAAUAAUACCGGCACUAAUAGUUAAAAUGACAAUAGUGAAGUCAAAUUUUAGGUAGUUUUUCAAAUAGUGUAUCAUAUUAAAUUAAUUUUUUUUCUCACAUAGACCAACUUGUUUUCAAUUAUUUUUUCUUGAAAGCUAAAGUCACUGGGAGAGCUGUUAAUGAAACCUUAGACUUUAAAGACUUCUACAAUUUGCUCAACCUGGUAAUGACAGGAGAUGACUCAAAAGAUGAUGUUAAAAAAGCAUUCAAAAUGUUUAGCUCUCCUGAGACUGGGGUUAUCUCCUUAGAGAACUUAGAGGUGAGACCAUUUAAAUGUUUGAUUUACAAAUUAUUAUAAUUUACAUGUUCCAAGUGAAUAUUUCCAGGCUUACACACUGAUUCGGGUUAGGGAGGGUACAACUGUGUAGUGUGAAAUCACAUAUUACUUCAUUUAGAAGACUACUUUCAUGUAAUAUACUCAACGUUGUUUUCAAAGUGACCAUUUUUUCAAAUGUCAAACCAAAACAUUGAAAAAUAUUUCAAAUUUAAAACCAGGGCAUUUAAAAUUGUUUUGAGUGCCAUGAAUUAAAAAACCAACAAUAAUUAUUUGUGGUUACAUGGAAAACUGUCUGUGGCGUUCUUCAGAAAACAAUAUUAUUAUGGUAUAGUUAUGCCAUUUUGGAUGAAUUAUAUGCAUUUUUUGUUGUGUUAUUUAUUUUUUCCUUGAUAUCAUAUCAGAUGCAGUCCUACAUUAUCUUUCUAAAGAUCAAUAAUUUAUUAUUUUGUAGCCUUACACUUACACCUUACCGGGUACAACUCACGAUUAAAAGGACUAAUUCCCGAAAACCAGUACCCGUACUGUAUCGUAAAACAAAAGUAUGAAUGGUCACCUUAAUACUGUUACUGGUACCGUAUUAAUAAUUAUGAGGACUCAAUGGAUUUGUAACAGGUACAUUUCUGCAGCCUGCAGCCCUCUUUAAAAAAAAAGUGUGUAAGAAAAAUGAGAUCAUAGAUUUUUUUUAACAUGACAUUUAAAAAACAUGCAUAUACUCUCUUCCUAUUAACAGGCAGUAAGUCAUGAGCUGGGUGAGGAUAUAUCCACAGAAAAAUUACAAGAGAUGAUUUCCUUUGCUGAUAAAAAUGGGGAUGGAGUUAUCGACCUCCAAGAAUUUAUUGCAAUGAUGGAAAGGCCAAUGUUAGAAUAAAAUCUUUAAGAACUAAACAUUAUGAAUAUUUACAGAGAAAUACCGGUUAUUAAAAUUAUAUUCUCAUAGUGGUAUUGGCAUACACACAUUUUUUACAACCCUUUAACAAUAGACAAAUACUUUAUAAUGUAUCUUAUUUCCUUGGGG